UCCAAGGAUAUGAAGUUGCAAAAUGAUUUUCCUGGCAAAUCACUGCCACGGAGUCAAAAUCAAUUACCAUCCAAAAAAUCUGAAAAGAUUCCAACCCUAAUAGGUGAACCUGUAGUUGGAAUCGGGUCUGUCAUUGACUAUAAAGUCGGAGUUCAGUUAAUAAAACCAGUCCCCCAGAAGAUGUAUUCCAAGGAUAUGAAGUUGCAAAAUGAUUAUCCUGGCAAAUCAGUGAGUCAAAAUCAAUUAGCAUCCACAAGAUUUGGAAAGAUUCCAUCCAAAGGUGGUGAAGCUGUAGUUGGAAUUGAGCCUAUCAUUGACUAUAAGAUUGGAGUUCAAUUAGAAAAACCUGUCCCCCAGAAGGAGUGUUCCAAGGAUAUGAAUUUGCAAAGUGAUUCUCCUGGCAAAUCACUGCCACUGAGUCAAAAUCAGUCACCAUCUCCAAAAUCUGGAAAUAUGCCAUCCCAAGAAGAUGAAGUAGCUGCAGCUGGAAGUGAGCCUGUCAUUGACUCUAAGGAGGGAGAUCAUUUAGAAAAACCAAUCUCCCAGAAGCAGUGUGAACCAUUUCUAGACAAAGAGAAACAGAAAGAAGUAAAGAAAGACUUGAAACAAGAAUUGAAAUUGAGAGGACCAUCAGAAUUACCAGAAGCAUCAUCUUCUUUGGCAAGUCACUUAAGUGAUUCUGUGGAAAAAGAAAAAGAUAAUUUUCUCAAUGUAGGAGAUCUUAAGUCAUUUCCUGGAAAAAGGGAAGAUAGUCUGGAAAAUAUCUUUUUACAGAAUUUAAAGAUCAACUUCCCAAAAAAUGUUUUACAAUUCUCUUCCCAUAUGUGCUCAAAAAAGAGCACCCCACAGUCUAAGAAUAAGCCAAAAACUGAACAUACUUGCAGUAUAAAUGAAGAGAAAAUUGCUUAUGUUGCAAAAAAUAUAAAAAAAAAUAACUCAAAAUCAGGCAUAAAUGAAAGAAACGAAGAUAGCUCAUUUGGUAUUGAAAUGACAUUUAGUCAGCACAAAAAUAUCACAAGUUUAGAAUCGGAUUCAGAUUUGCUCCAAUCAAGUGAUCCAGGAAGUUAUUUUGGUGUCGCAUCAAACAACCAAGAAAAAAUGCCUGAACUAAUUACUUCGAGAAAACAUAAGGAGAAAACAAAGCAUAUAGAAACCUCAUUCCAGAACAGUCAUCACAAUGCUACUAACUCACCAAAUGAGUUGGAAGAGAAAAGGCAAAAGCAUCAACAGAAUAAAACGGAAACACUGGAGAGACAAGAUGGUGAGAAAACUGAAAACAGAAGAGCUGUCAAAGCUAAUGAGCAAUUUUCAGUGGAGCAUGGUAAAGAUGAGGAAAAUAAAAUUCCUGGGGAAGAAAUACCAUUAAUGAGUAUUUCUUCCGAGGAAAAAUUAUCACCUAUGCACCAUAUUUUAAAUGGCAAUUGGAGAGAGAAAUUAAUGCAAAAGCACCGGAGAAAUUCCUAUUCUUUGGAAAAGUUUGAAGAAAAGGAAAUCAAAAUAGGGGAAAAUUUUAAAAAGCCUGAAGAUGAGAAAUGGAUUUCCGAGGAUUCUAGUAGUACAACUUGUGAAAAAGUGAAUUCUUCUAGCAGCCUACUCGAUAGUUGUGAUGACAGCACCUUAAAUGAGACAGAUUCUGAUGAAUUAAGGCUUGCAAAAAAUGUACUAAAUGAAAAAAAUAAGGACAAAGUAGAAAUGGCUACAGAUGCUCUCUUGAUGACCUCACUCAGACACACAAUACAGGUUCUCCUUGCCUUCAGGAAGAUCACACAGUUCUUGCAAGUGACUUAUCAGUAAAAAUAAAAAAACCUCAAUGGACAAAACACCCAGGAAAACUACAGGAAAAGUUCUCAAAAAAAAGCAAAACUGAAUCCCAACUAGAGCAUCAAAAAGCAGAACGUGAUAGAGAACUCUAUAGAAGCAGGUAUGGGUCUCAUCAUAUGUUUAAAUAAAGAUUUGAAAGCAUUUCUCUUAC